UUUAGGAAAUAAAAAUAGCAAUCGAUUUGUGGUAAAUGGAUGUUUGGGCCCGAAAGCGUUAUUUACAAGGCAUACGUUAUUUUGCUGGAAAGAAGGUUACUUUCCAACUGUAUGAAAAUACUAGAUUAGACGUUGUUGUUGAGACGUUCGAUUCACAUACGCGACAAGUUAUUGUGAAAGACCUAACGACACCGUUGGGUACCUAUCCUUGCGCUAUAUUACGUUGUUCCGACGUUAUAACUUGUUUUACUGUGUAAAAGAAAACAGUCCAAGAACUA